AUGGGCAUCAUUGGGACACUAGCGUCCAUCGGCAUGGCCGUUGGCCCACCGCUAGUCUACGUCGACCAGGCAGCCAGUAUCAUUCGGAAACGCGACUCGUCCGGUUUCUCAAAGGACGUCUGUGGCGUCGUUAUCAUUGCGAACAUUAUCCGCGUGUUCUUCUGGCUCGGCGAGCGGUUCGAGCUCGCCCUCCUCGUCCAGUCGGUUCUUCUCAUUAUCUCCCAACUCGCCCUCCUCUGGAUCUGCCUAUACUACACUCCCCUCCCCGCCCCCGGCAUCGCAAUCGGUGACGAAGAGGAAGCGGACGAGCUCCUAGACCAUGAAGAGGAGGAAAUCAAGCCCUCCCGCCCCUUCAAUUUCUGGCAAUGGCCAAGACUAGGAAGUUACCUCGAGUUCCUCGCAGGCCUCAUCGUCCUUCUCACAAUCACUCACGUGAUUCUCGGCCGCUUCAAGUGGUAUAUUGGGACUCUGGGCUUUGUCGCUCUAUCCAUCGAAUCAACCCUGCCUAUCCCACAGUUCCUCUCGAAUUACCGGCGCAAGAGUUGUUAUGGAUUCCGGAGUAGUACGCUUGCCGGGUGGCUGUUUGGCGAUAUGUUCAAGACGGGCUACUACUUUGUUCGCAAUAAUCCACUCCAGUUCAAGGUGACCGGCAUUCUGACUAUUUGCUGGGACCUGGCUGUGCUCGCGCAGAGGAUAUACUAUGGCGCUGCGCCGCCGCACAAGGUCGUCCUGGAGCAAGAGGAGGAGGAGAUGUGA